CGUGCACACUUUCGUCAAGAGUUUCCUUUGUCCAUCGUUGAGGAUUUUUUUGUAAUACGUCAGUUCAACCAGAGAACGUCGGUGACGUAGUCGCGUAAAAUAUACGUCCUCCUUUGAUUUCUGAAGAAUAUGUCGGCAUCCGCACCGAUGGACGAGAAGUCCACUGAAAGAAAAUCACAUUCCAAACCAGAUACAAGGGAAGCAGGCAAUGCAGCAAAGACUCUCACGUCAUCAUCAUCCACUUCCUACUGUUCCUCAUCCCCAUCUCCUAGUACAGCCAACAUGAGCUCCUCUGCUCUUGGUAACAAAACUCUUCCACCUUUCAGCUCAUCUUCCUCUUCCUCCUCAUCUUCAUCUUCUUCAGUCAGCACUCUGCCAGUCGUCAACCCACCACCAAAGAUCCAUCGUGCUCGAAAGACUAUGAGCAAAGCCCUUCCAACACAGGUGAGAUGUAUUGAGGCAGCUAUUGUUCCAGUAGACCCAGAGGAGCCCUUGACUAGUUUGGUUUCAGACCCUGACACCGCAGCUGUGAAGAGAAGAAAAGUGGGCGCAGAUAUGGAACUCAAUCCCCCGUCUAAAGAGAAGACAGAGAAAGGUGCACCUGUAGAGCCAGAGCCUGUGAAUGUGUCCACCACGCCAGAAAAAGUCGAGCCAGUCACCAUAACAACCAAAGACCAGGGGAGUGGCUGGUUGGAAGACCUGGAUGAUGAUGCUGAUGAGGAAGACUUCCACCUCCUCUAUAACAGCUACGCUGGAGAUGAUGUCAUAUUCUCUGAUAGCAAGUCAGAGGAUGGGAUGCUGGAGGAUCAGCCUUGUGGCAGGGAAGGAGAGGAGUCUGGGAACUUGUCUGAACAUAGCCCACUGGCUGAGAAGCAUGGGAAACCCCAGAAGAAAGAGGGCAGGAAUGGAUCGCCAUGGAAAGGAGUCGGACGGGGCAGAGUCAAAGAUCAGACUAGCAUGGUGGAGGAUGAUACUGGAGAACCACUGUCAGGCGAGGCGGCAGCUUCUGGGGGUGGGGCCAGUGACUACACCGAGGUCCCAUUGGGCUCUCUAGACAUCUCUGCAGCAGACAGCCUCACGCUCUCCCCAAACCCCGAGGGCAGUGACAGUGGGGAGAUGGAGCGACUGGAGGAGCUGCCGCUGUGCAGCUGCAGGAUGGAGGCUCCUCGGGUGGAUGGCUUGAGUGCAAGGGGCAGCCGCCUUUGCAUGGCUGUCGAGAGCAUCAAUGGAGAGUUGGUGGGCUGCACCAGUACUGUGGUGAAGGGGGAGACCAUGCGCCCUUCCAGCCGUGUCUCGCUCAUGGUGCUGUGUGAGCACCACCGCUCUCACAUGGUCAAACACCACUGCUGCCCAGGCUGCGGCUACUUCUGCAUCUCGGGCACAUUUCUGGAGUGUUGUCCUGACGUGCGCAUCGCUCACCGCUUCCACCGGGGGUGUGUGACAGUUUUGGGAGGUGGGCGUGGAGGUAGGGGUGUGAAUGGUGGCCUUCUCUUCUGCCCCCACUGUGGAGAAGACGCCUCCGAGGCCCAGGAGGUCACCAUAUCACCCCCAACGUCUUCUGCCGGAACCGUCAUCACCGCAUCCGCCUCCACCACUACACCAGCACUCCCACCCCCUUUAGCAGCAGAAACACUAAGCAAUGGGAAGAGGCCAGGAGGACCUGUGAGUGCCAGGAUGCGUGGCCGUGGCAACAUGAGCCGCCCCCCUGAGCAGCCGCCGCCACCACCGCCGCCUCCCCCCAGUGCGCCAGCAGGAGGCAGCGCAGACGCCAUCACUCCUGGGGAGGGGGGUGUGGACAGUGUGGGCCCCUCCCUCUGUCUGCCCAAUGGCAAACCCGUCUGCCCCAGCUCACUGCCCGCAGGGGACAGGAGGGCGGCGCUACAGAAGGCUCUUCUCACGCAGGACUCUGAGAGGAAGAAGAAGCUGAGGUUCCACCCACGGCAACUCUAUCCAGCAGCCAAGCAGGGAGAGGUGCAGAGAGUUCUGCUCAUGCUCAUGGAGGGCAUUGACCCGGCCUACCAGGGAGACGCUCAGAGCAGACGCUGUGCUCUCCACGCGGCGGCCGAGAGGGGGUUUCUGGAGGUGUGCUACCUGCUGGUGGAGGCUGGUGCUAAAGUGGACGCCCAAGACAAGACUCUCAGGACGCCUCUACUUGAGGCUAUCGCUAACAGUCACGGGGACGUAGUGCGCUAUCUGAUCCAGAGUGGAGCCUGUGUCUUCAGUGCUGAGGAGGACGGGUCCACUGGUCUUCACCACGCCGCCAAACUGGGCAACCUGGACAUUGUGACUCUGCUUCUGGGGACAGGACAGGUGGACGUGAACGCACAGGACAGCGGCGGGUGGACCCCCAUCAUCUGGGCAGCAGAGCACAGGCACUUAGAGGUCAUCAGAGCUCUGCUGGACAGAGGAGCAGACGUCAUGAUGAAAGACAAGGAGAUGAAUGUGUGUUUGCACUGGGCAUCCUUUGCGGGGAGUGCAGAGAUAGCGGAGCUGAUUUUGAAUGCUGGAUGUCCGUUGUCAUCGUCCAACAUGCAUGGGGACACACCACUACAUAUCUCUGCCAGGGAAGGAUUCCUGGACUGUGUCACGUUAUUCCUCUCGAGAGGGGCUGACAUUGACAUGGUGAAUCGUGAAGGGGAUACGCCCCUCUCCCUAGCACGCUGUGAUUCGCCAGUGUGGGUUGCACUCCAGAUUAACAGAAAAUUGCGCAGGGGAAUAGCCAACCGCAUCGUUCGGACAGAGAGGAUCAUUUGCAGUGAUGUGGCUCAGGGCUAUGAGAACGUGCCCAUUCCAUGUGUGAACGCAGUGGAUGAUGAGGGAUGCCCCUCAGACUACAAGUACAUCUCGGAGAACUGCGAAACCUCCGCCAUGAACAUCGACCGGAACAUCACUCACCUACAGCACUGCAGUUGUACGGAUGACUGCUCCUCCAGUAACUGUCUCUGUGGCCAGCUCAGUAUUAGAUGCUGGUAUGAUAAGGAUCAACGGUUACUGCAGGAGUUUAAUAAGAUCGAGCCUCCACUGAUCUUCGAGUGCAACCUGGCAUGCUCGUGCCACCGUACCUGCAAGAACAGAGUGGUGCAGGCUGGCAUCAAGGUUCGGUUACAACUCUACCGGACAGAGAAGAUGGGAUGGGGUGUACGAGCCCUGCAAGACAUCCCACAAGGCAGCUUCAUCUGCGAGUACGUGGGGGAGUUGAUAUCUGAUGCAGAAGCUGAUGUUAGAGAAGAUGACUCCUACCUCUUUGACCUGGACAACAAGGAUGGAGAGGUGUACUGCAUAGAUGCACGUUACUAUGGCAACAUCAGCCGCUUUAUCAACCACUUAUGUGAUCCAAAUAUCAUCCCAGUGCGUGUCUUCAUGCUACAUCAGGACCUGCGUUUCCCCCGCAUAGCCUUCUUCAGCUCCAGAGACAUCUACACGGGACAGGAGCUAGGGUUCGACUACGGGGACCGUUUCUGGGACAUCAAGAGCAAGUACUUUACCUGCCAGUGUGGCUCAGAGAAAUGCAAGCACUCAGCAGAGGCCAUUGCCCUGGAGCAAAGCCGCCUUGCUCGACUGGAGGCGUGCCCAGAACCAAGUGCCGACUCUGGGGUGACUGUGUUGGGAAACUCAUAGGCCUUUUUUGAGGCCUGAUGCAUGUUCUGUUUCUGACUCUCUGUGGUGUCUUUAUAUCCACUGUGCAUCGUGGCUGUGUUCGGGUGGGUGUGUGAUUUGAUUCACUCACUGGUAACUGAACUGCCAACUGCCUCAGACACAACUAUGCUGAUGGAGCACCGAAGCACAGGAGAGUAUCCUUUUGAUUUCGUCAUGAAAUAUAUGGUUUGGUUUUCUAAUGUAUACAUUUUUUAACCCUCUACAGUACUGUGGUACUGUAAUGUCAUCCAAAACAUGCAGCAUACUGACCACCAUGAAUUUAUAAGACAUUGUCUGAUAAGAGGGAACUCUGAUGUGUGUGAAGUCCUCCCCACUCCAGUCCUAUGGUGUGCCAUUCAACUUGAAGUGAACUUCUCAAAUGUUCCAUUUCACUGCCUGGUGAAGUGAGUGUGUAGAUUUUAGCUGGCUAAUUUUAGGGCUGUGUAGAUUUCAUUCUUUGUUAUUUUAUUACGUUAAGGUAUACUUUGUUUUAUUUUUUCAUGUAAUAAAUAUAUUAAAAGAA